CCUACUGUCAGCUGAAUUCAGUGUAAAAAUUUUGUCUACUGCUAUUUUCCAACGGAAUUGGUGAAAAUUUUAUUGAAUUUUUUAGGAAAAAAUAACAACAAAUAAAGCAGUAGCCAUGUCUGACGUUGCCGAUUUGAUGAAAAUGCCCGAAGAGAGCAUUGAUAUGAUUGCUGCAACAUCUGUGUUGCAGCAACAGGCCGCUGAUAUCCGUACCAAAACCAUUAACUGGGCAUCGUACAUGCAAUCCCAAAUGAUUUCCCAAGAAGAUUAUCAGUGCAUUAGUGCUUUGGAUAACUCAAAGGCUGCCUACUUGCAAUCGAAUCCAGCCCAAGCUGUUAAGACUUUGUUGAAUCUGCUGUCGCAUGUCUCCAAAGAUUCGACAAUUCAAUAUAUUAUGGUGAUGAUCGACGAUCUGUUGCAAGAGGAUCGUUCUCGUGUUGAUAUUUUCCAUGAAUAUUGUGCCAAGCGCAAGGAAUGUGUUUGGGGCCCCUUCUUGAAUCUGUUGAAUCGUCAAGAUGGUUUCAUUGUGAAUAUGUCAUCUCGCAUUUUGGCCAAAUUGGCAUGCUGGGGUCAUGAAAUGAUGCCCAAAUCUGAUUUGAACUUCUAUUUGCAAUUCUUGAAGGAUCAAUUGACUGUACAGUCCAACGAAUAUAUUCAAUCUGUGGCCCGUUGCCUGCAAAUGAUGUUGCGUAUUGAUGAAUAUCGUUUUGCUUUUGUUAGCGUAGAUGGUAUCAGUACUUUGGUGCGCAUUUUGUCAUCUCGUGUCAACUUCCAAGUACAAUAUCAAUUGGUCUUCUGUUUGUGGGUCUUGACCUUCAAUCCUUUGUUGGCCACAAAAAUGAACAAAUUCACAGUCAUCCCCAUUUUGGCUGAUAUCCUCAAUGAUUGUGCCAAGGAAAAGGUUACCCGCAUCAUUUUGGGUGUAUUCCGUAACUUGAUUGAAAAACCAACCGAUGCCCAAGUUGCCAAGGAACAUUGCAUUGCCAUGGUACAAUGCAAAGUCUUGAAACAACUUUCCAUUUUGGAACAACGUCGUUUCGAUGAUGAAGACAUCUCUGCUGAUGUUGAAUUCUUAACUGAAAAGUUGCAAAACUCUGUACAAGAUUUGUCCUCAUUCGAUGAAUAUGCCACAGAAUUGCGCAGUGCCCGUUUGGAAUGGUCUCCCGUACACAAAUCUGCUAAAUUCUGGCGUGAAAAUGCCCAACGUUUGAAUGAAAAGAACUACGAAUUGUUGCGCAUUUUGGUACAUCUUCUGGAAACCUCCAAGGAUCCCAUUAUUUUGUCCGUUGCCUGCUAUGAUAUUGGAGAAUAUGUUCGUCAUUAUCCCAGAGGAAAACACGUCUUGGAACAAUUGGGCGGCAAACAAAUUGUUAUGCAAUUGUUGGGUCAUGAAGAUCCCAAUGUACGUUAUGAAGCCUUGUUGGCAGUACAAAAAUUGAUGGUUCACAAUUGGGAAUAUUUGGGCAAACAAUUGGAAAAAGACAAUGAAACCCAAAAACAAGGUUCUGCUGCCAUUAGCGGCAAAGCUUAAGUAUUAUAAUUCCCCAU